UGUUAGAUGAAUGGGUAGACGUGAGGGACCACUCGAAUUCCAUUUGGAGGCUUCUUUGGGCUCGCAGAGUAGACAUCAUGAGCAAAGCACACCCUCCCGAGCUGAAGAAAUUUAUGGACAAGAAGUUAUCAUUGAAAUUAAAUGGUGGCAGACAUGUCCAAGGAAUAUUGUGGGGAUUUGAUCCCUUUAUGAAUCUUGUGAUAGAGGAAUGUGUGGAGAUGGCAACUAGUGGACAACAGAACAAUACUGGAAUGGUGGUAACACGAGGAAAUAGUAUCAUCGUGUUAGAAGCCUUGGGACGAGUAUGA